GUGGGUAACCGCCUGCUUGGGUGGGUAACCCAAAAAUUGCAUUAUUCCAAAAACCCAAAACCCACGUCUGCCAACUCUGAUGAAGACGAAGUUGUCUGCGGUAUUGGAGCAGCGGUGGGGCUUCCUGUCGUCCUGGUGCGAGGUACUAGAAGCAAGGGUCCGAUACGUGUGGGCUGGGCGGGAGGAAGAGGUGUGGGAUGUGCCAAAGCGACGUCUAGAAGUCAAGUUGCCCACUCGCCACGAGAUCUCUCAGAGUUUAUGGGCCAAGUCGAAGGCACUGUUUUCAACAGACGAGGACUUUCAAACUUGUUUCCAUAAAGUUCGUGAAGCUUUGGCGCUUUUAGCUGCUGUGGCUCACGUGGACCAAGACGGAUGGAGGUAUCUAUUGAAAAUCCACUGCGGUGUUGUCCUGGGCACUGAAGGAGAAGAAGUGUUCGAUGAAGAGAUCCCAGCUCGGUUCAUGCUGUAUUUGAUCGAAGAUAACGAUCACAAUGGCUACAAAGAAUAUGCCAAGACUCUUCAAAAUGAUAUUGUUAAAUUCUGCGGUGUUUAUCAGCGUGAGCACCCCAGUCGAGCUUAUCUUAAGGCUCUCAAGAGAAUAGCAGCCAUGGACAGCAACCUAAAGACCGGAAAGCCAGGACUUGACUUGAAAAUCCCUGUCCAAGUGGGUUUCCGGGUGAUGGACUUUAUAUCUUAUGAUGCACUGAAAGAAAUUUUGGAACCGCUCCAGGACAUCAGGGAAGCUAAGAAGAUCAUUAAAAAAGAGUGGAAAGUAUAUGAACAGAGUCAGAAGACGAAAGUGAUGGAGAAUGGAAGUCUACGAUGCACUUUUGUACUGGGUCCCUUGAUCGCAGAUUUCCAUGACAUGGAUAUUUCAGCUGAAAUGGUCAAAGUGAUGGACACAAUGAUACGGGACAAUGUGAGAUUCUCGCAAAUGAAUCUAUGGGCGUUCGUGGGUCGUGAACUAGAGGACAAAGAACACGAGAAGAGAGUAGUAAUCAGUCAGAUAAUGGCGUCGAUUUUCGACAGUACCCGUCGCUUACCUGACACUGAGAGGGUAGACGGUGAUUGUGGCGCUGUUCAGCUCAACUCUGAUCCAGAUCCACUUCAACUGGGCACAAUUCACUUGGAAUGUACGUCACUGAUGGGAGCUCGUGACUUUGAAUCCAUGUGCUCGGCAAUUGCUGUCAGUCAGACGACGAGGAAGUUGUCGUUGCAGUUGGAAGUGGAUCCCCACGACGGAACGAGUGUGCACUGGUGGAAGUGGCUUGCAUACUCGCUGUUCUCGAAGAGAGCGAAUGCGUUCUCUGCAGUUGAAUCGCUUGCAUUCAUCUCGACUCGCAGCAUGAGUGUAGUUGAUAUCGAGGCCUUUUCAACCGUCUUGGCGUCCGAUCACCCGGAAGAAGAGCUAUUCGGCUGCAUUCCCGGGUUAAUAGAAGCAAGGGAUGCGACAGCGAAGGCAGUCUUCUCUAUACCCUGUAAGAACCUUCAGUGA